AUGCUCAAGUUGUUCGUGCUAUUGACCAUUGCAGUCGUGAUUUGCUCAAAAAAGGAGCGUGAAUUCAAGGAUAUCCCUGGAGUAAGCGCAGCAAACAUGGACAAGCUUCGCCAACUAAUGACGCCCCACCCCGAGAGCAGGAAAGAAUUUAGAGAGAAGAUGAAGGAAUGGAUGGACGGUUUGCCAGAGGACGAGAAGAAAGCCGCAGAAGCUCACAGAGACGAGAUAAAGAAGAAGUUUAAGGCCCUUCAUCGCAAGAACGAAACAGAAACCACAGAAGACUGA